UCAUUCUAGUUCUCAACCUCUCUCUCUCUUAUAUCAAAGCGCACUCUAUUCAAUCCAACACAAUGCUGACCAUCUUUGAGAAUAAGAGCAUUGAGAGCACUGACGCUACUGGAAAUAGAAUGAAGUUUCCCCCUGACGCCAACUUGACAAAUCUUUCAUUUGAUUGCAACGUCCACGGCCAGUUCCGAAGCGUGUCAGUUAUAGAUGAGGGGGGUGCCAAGCGGGACUUUACCAUCAAAAAUCAGAACGGAAAGGUAUAUUUCACUGAUGGUUGGAAUGCAUUCAAAAGGGGGAAAGGCAUUAAAGCUGGUCACAAGAUCUCCCUUUACAAAGAUGAUGAAGCUGAUCAGUAUAGAAUUAAAGUGGAGAGAAAUUGAGAAAAGGGAUGGUUAGUUGGCUUUUAUAUAUCCUUUAAGAGUAUAUUUAGUUUGAAAGAAAUGAAGGAGAUGAAAGGAAAUACUAUUUCAGCUAAUCAAAAUAAGUCGUUAAU